CCAUGAUUCUGUGACAUAAACCCAGGGAAAUGCUCUUCAGGCACCACUGGAACGUGGGGGGGAACUCAAAGCUUCCUGAGAUACGGGGACAGAUCCACGGGAAAUGAGCAUUGGUGCUGUUGGCUGAUGCUUGGGGGGCCCUGGAAGUGGUCUGGGCUGGAAUUCCACAAAGAAAUGGGACUCCUUGAACCAGCCUGAUGUGCUUGAGUGAAUGGGCUCCAACGUUCCCCUAAGCCUGACCUGCAGCAGAGGAGGAGCUCCUGGAUGUUCCCUGGAUCCCUGGGGGGCUGAGCUUGCUUGGCUGGGAGGCUGCAGGGAGCUGCCUCGGGACACCCCCAGCGCGGAGGGGGAGCCACAACCGUGACAUCUUCAAAGCAGAAAGGGACGCGAGGUGGCACCCGGGUGGCUCCAGGAAUUAGGUGAAGGUCACUCAAGGAGUCCUGCCGUGAACUCCGGUGUUCCUGGAGCUGGAUACACGUGGUUGAUUCUUUGUGGAAAAGGGCGUCUGAGAUAAGCCAGGAGGGCCAGCAGGGAGUAUAAAAAGGGCCGGGAGCUCCGGGCUCCUCAGCAGCUCCUCUGCCUUCCUCCUCUGGUUAACUCGGUAAGUUUUCCCUCCUUCCUUCACAGGGAUUGGGAAUUUUGCCGGAGUGAUUUCUGCUGGGAUUGGGGCUGCUCUGAAAUUUAAGAUUUCUCCGGGAAUUUCUCUGAAAUUCAGGGUUUGAGCUGCGCUGCAGGAGUUGGUGGGUUCAAGUUUUAAAGCUGGGGCUGAAAGGGGUCCUGUUGGUCCCUGAGGCUCCCUGAUAAGGGAUUAUUAGGGCAGCAGAGGUAGAAAUGGGUUUCCCCACCAUGACCCUCGGUGGUUUUUUUCCAUAAAUCUCCUCUUUUCAGUGAGAUCUGCAGGUGUGUUUGGCAGGACAGGUGUUCCCAGGUGUGUCAAUGCUCUGUGGGUGGUUGUGUGUGCUGUCAGCACGUCCAGAUGCAAAUUAAAAUGGGUGGAAAUCACUGAAAGGGCACUUGGAGGGAUGAACCCAAACAUCACUUUGGGCUUGCUUGAAGACUUCCUUGGUGGAGCUGGGAAUGCAGAGCUCCAUGCAAAGCUGAUGUCCUGAAAGAAAUUUAGGGUUGUCCACUCCUAGCAGAUAUUCUCUAAGAAAAAUCCUGAAUCAGCAGCAAGGUUUUGGUCUGUAACAGGUGAUUCCAUGGUCAGGGUUUUCACCAGUCACAGAAAGGGAGAAAACCAGAUAGUUUAAAGACAGGGUUGGACUUGAUGGUCCUUGUGGGCCCCUUCCCACCUGGCAGAUCCUGUGACUCUUUGUUCUUGGGGAGGGUCCUGUGCCGGGCUGAGAGCUGGACUCGAUGGUCCUGGUGGGUCCCUUCCAACCCAGCACGUUUGUGGCAUUCUGUGGAUAAAUGAACCCCAGAAAUGGGCUGUCAGGAGGAGCUGAGGUCACGACGUUGCUCCUGCCCUCGCGGGACCCCUGAGGAAGUUUCCGGGCUCUGUCGCUGCCGUUGGGAAUAUUCACGGGAACGUUCACGGCCUCUCCUUCCCUCCCCGCCGCCAGGUUUGCCUCCAGCCCACAAAGAUGACCUUCCUCCAGGGCCAGUGUGACGACGAUUGCUACUCCCCCUGCGGCUACCGGGGCUACGACUGCGGGAGCCCCUGCGGCUACCGGGGCUACGGGGGCCUCUACGGCUACCGCGGCCUCUACGGCCUCGGCGACCGCUACGGCUACGGGGGCCUCUACGGCUACGGGGGCCUCUACGGCUACCGGGGCCUCUACGGCUCCGGGGACUGCUACGGCUACGGUGGCUACCGGGGCUUCUACGGCUCCGGGGACUGCUGCGGAUACCCCGGGCUUUACUCGGGCCGCUACGGGUACCCCUACGGCUCCCGCUACGGCCAGAGGUACGGCUACGGGGGCUGCUACAGCUUGUGAACCCCGCCGGGACGGCCCUCGGGGGACGGUCAGCCCAAGCCUGGCCCGCAGGGCUUGAUGGAGAACCUCGGCAGCAGAGGGUGUGCGGGGCCCCGGGCGCAGCGCCCGCCCUCCGCGGCGGCUUCGAGAGCUCUGCGCUGCCCUCGAGGUGCUUGCCGUGAUCCCUCUUCGUUCUGCUCAGUGUCUGCUGCUGCUCCUGCCGCCCAGAGUCUCCCCUUGACCUAGAACCUGCUUCUCCUCGGUGCUCCAGUCCUCGGGAACCGGCUCUGAUGUUUGCAAUGAUGUACAAAGCCUGAGCUCUGGCCGGGUGGUGGGCAGGGUGUAAAGGCCUCUUUGGGAAUGUGGGCUCUCUGUUCUGUGUCUCUUUAUAAAGUUCAUCUGCCUUUCACUCGUAUUAAAAACUUAUUCUGCAUCAA